AUGCUCAUCACCCCGCGAACGUAUCAGCUCUCCCAGGAAGAUACAGAUCGAUGGAACCGAGCCUCAGAUAACGUCCACCUCUCACCUCGAUUCCAUACUUUGAUCGGUUGGCGCGCUGAUAAAGCUGAAGCUUUCCGGGCUUAUAAAAUGCUGUUGGUGCAUCAGUCGGGCUAUGUGCGCGUUGGGGAGGUUGUGAGAUACACAUUGACGUACACGCCAUCGCUGGACCAGAUACUUCCGACGCCAACGGAGCUUCAUGUAAAAGUGAAGAAUACCUCUGCUAUUCCGCUACGAGCCGCGUACCUCCAUGGACCCUACACACUUUAUACAGCAUGCUAUCCGUCUGAAUUCAAUCCUAAUCAGCAUUAUCAUGACAGCGAGACAAAGGGCAUUCCUCAGUACGAGCCGUAUCUUAAGGCCGGUGGAAGCUGGACAGCGAAGAUCCCCGUGCCUGAAGAGACGCGGCUUACCGUCCCCGGGGCUAGACAUGGCAACCACAGCGGCAGCAACCUGGGCUCAGAAAGCGAUGACGAACCAGGACGAAAGAGCAUAACAUGGAUCAUUGAGAUUACGUCGCAGGUGAUAUUCUCUAGCUCAGCGGCAGUUCAUUUCGAGUUGUUAGUCGGUCGUGACCAGAAAUCACUCGAGUUUGGCAUUAAUGGCUCCUUAACGUCUUCCGGCGUGCCUCCACCAGCCCAUAUCAAUGAGCAUCAGAUUUUGCGCAAGGGGGGAAAUAGCGAUGCUCCGAUUAUUGCGACAAAGGGCGUGUUUUCGAAAUCGGUUAGGCUGGUAUUUGAUGAUAUCAAGAGUCUGUGGAAUAGUCCCGAGUGCUCCGCGUUCAAAGAGCGCGAGGAAAUCAAUUCGAAGCUGGUUGCGCUAUCGAAUCAACCACGCAGCCAUCAUGUAGUCCACGCAACAAGUCUUUCGCCUCAACUUGAACGCAAUGCUUCCAUUAAAAAGAAGAGACGAAUUCAUCUUGUUGUGUUGACUCAUGGAUUACACAGUAACCUUGGGGCCGACAUGUUAUAUCUCAAAGAAAGCAUUGAUGCCGCUGCCGAAGAGGCUAGGAAGGCGAAAAAAGACUCUACAAGUCAAUCGAGUACAGAAGAUGAGGUGGAGGGCAGCGAAGAGCAAGAUGAGGAAGUUAUUGUCCGAGGAUUUCCGGGUAAUGUUACGCGCACAGAGCGUGGAAUACAAUAUCUUGGGAAACGGCUCGCCAAGUACAUCCUUCUCACGACAUAUCCGGAUCAACCAUACCUACCAACCAAGAAGAAAAAGCAAAAGGGCAAUGCGAGUGCUAGCUCAGGCGUUCCGAUAGAUUACGACCCUUGGGAUAGACAUCCGUCCGAUUGUCAGGUCACCAGCAUCAGCUUUAUUGGACAUUCGCUCGGGGGCCUUAUACAGACAUAUGCGAUUGCUUAUAUUCAAAAACACUCCCCUGAAUUCUUUGAACGGAUCAAACCCAUUAACUUUGUCGCCCUUGCUACACCUUUUCUCGGACUCAGCAACGAGAACCCCGUCUACGUACGUUUUGCGCUAGAUUUGGGGUUAGUCGGGAAGACUGGACAGGAUCUUGGUCUAAGUUGGAUGUCUCCUAGAGUUCGAAGCAGAUGGGAUGCCAUCAUUAGCAAGUUUGCAGGCAAUUCGGGCCCAUCGCAACAAGAGCAAGCACCGGCUUCCAAGCCAUUGUUGCGGAUAUUGCCUGCUGGCCCGGCUCAUCAAGUUCUACAGCGCUUCAGAAACCGCACAGUUUACUCGAAUGUGGUGAAUGACGGUAUCGUGCCAUUACGGACUUCGUGCUUGCUCUUCCUUGAUUGGAGGGGCCUCGAUCGAGUUCAAAAGGCGCGAAGAGGAAAUGGUCUUGUUGGCACCAUGGCAGAAUGGGGGUGGGCCGAACUCACGGGAGCCAAUUCGGUUUCGCCAGCUGCACAGGAUCAUCAGCAUCACCGUUCCCAAUCCAAUAUACCUGCAGUUGAUGAGAUACAAGCUCAUUACCACGCCGCCGGAGUUUCAACGCUGAGCUCGCAUGGUCAAGCUAGUCCCGGUCUACUUCCAUUACCAUCACCGACGCCAGGCCAAAUCCUCGAAGAAGGCCUGAUCCAAGCAGAACCGGAGCCAAUGUCGCCUGUGAGUACAGGUUCGAAUUCUAAAGAGCAUCAUCCACCUUCACCCAGUCCAUUCAACAAUCUCUUUGGAAUGUUCCAAUCGAAACAAUCCAGAAGCUCGUCUUCUAGCAAAAAGAGCACUAAGAUCAUCCGACAGAGCCAAACACUUGCGCCUUCUGGCGAAUCUACGGAUAACAUGAACUCUGUAGAGUCGUAUCCCCCAAUCGUCCGGGGCAACUCCCUCUACGAAGACGAAGAUCUCAGUGCUCCUCCCCGAACCACCAUCUUCGAGUCUGCCGGUGACGUGCUUAGACCCCCUUUGCCCCCAGCAGAGUUUAUCACAGACCCAACAUCAAGGCCACGGACUAUUUUCCAUGAUCGUAUAUAUCACCCAGAGGAUAUACCACCUCCCAUGCUCAAGAAGCGAGGCACAAUAUUCAGCGGCUCGCGUAGUUCGAACAAUGACACAGACGUCGAUAUCGACCAAGUAGCUGCUCAGGGAUACAAAGGAAGCGGUUUGCGGGUUGAAGAAAAAAUCGCGCGAGCGUAUCACCAGGGACUUUCAUGGCGGAAAGUCCUUGUACGAAUGGAGCCCGACGCUCACAACAACAUUAUCGUCCGACGCAUGUUCGCUAACGCUUACGGCUGGCCCGUCGUCAAACAUAUGGUCGACAACCAUUUCGGCAAUACUUAUUCCGCCCGAACAGAAGAUGCACUAGAAUCCAACCGCGAAAGAGCAAAACCUCUCGAUGUCAGAGUGACAGAUUCGGGCGAGGAGACGUUUGGUCAAUCUCCUCGACAGCAACAGCUACCAUUCCGCCAUUAUGCCAGUCUGCCUCCGGACAUUGAGGGACAGGGACAUUCGUCAGAGGUCUCUGAAAAUGAUGGUGCAGCAACACGCCUUGCUGAUGUAGGCAGACAAUCGAGUCGAAAGUCGACUGAUUCCGCGAAAUGGACUGAUCGCUACUUUUCAGGAGGGGAUUCUGCGUCCGAGGGACAAAGCGAUCAUGAAGAGCAGUUGGGCUAG